GCAAGAAUCUCUUUCCUUUCUCUUCUCUUCUCUCCAUUAAUGGAAUAGGAUAAUCAAAUUUCAAGUAUUUAUCUUUCUUUUUCAAAUUCCAGAAUAUGUUAAGAAAUUCUCUCAUCUCCUUCAAGCAAAGUAUCUAGGACUUUUCUCCCCCUUGUAAGUUGUAUUCUCUCUUUUGGGUUUCUGUCUUAUUCAUAGAGAUCUGCUGCAAAAUGGGUUGUUAUCGAAGAAGUGGUACUAAAUCUAGAGAACUUCUUAAUCACCAAAUUGCUCCUGCUUCUGAUCCUGUAGCUAAUCAGCACUGUGAUUACGAAAAUGAGGUGAAAUUCAGAACGCUGCUGCAAAAGAUGAUUUGGGAAUUUGGGUUAUCUUGUUUCGUCAAUCCUGGCGGCGGGCGGGGAAUAGAGAAGAGAGAAGAAGAAGAGAAUGAAAACAACCAGAGGAUGGAGGAGCACAAUAAAGCUUGGUUGCUAGCGGAAUCCGGUGGGUGUGGGCCGGAGUUAGCAAGUACAGACCCACAAUCGGUUCAUUCUUCUUUUCGGUUUAGUUUAUGUUCUCAAGUUGAGCUUGAAUCCAUGAAUGUGAAUUCGAAUCCCUCUUCAGCAACUGUUCUAAUGUUGAAUCUGGAUAAUGGGUUGAUGGAUCCUCUUUCCAAAGAAAUGAAAUGGAGAAGGAUUGAAUCUCUGGAGAGACGCAUCUCCCCUGUGGCUCGUUCUUUGAUCAGAUUUACUUUCCCUGAAAUCCUCUCAGCCACUCGCAGUUUUUCCAAAGGCAGAGUGCUGGGCAGAGGUGCUUUGAGCUGUGUUUUUAGAGGCAGAGUUGGGAUUUUAAGAAAUGCUGUUGCGAUUAAGAGGUUAGACAAGGAAGAUAAAGAAUCCUCCAAGGCAUUUUGCAGAGAGCUUAUGAUUGCCAGCUCUCUUCAUCAUUCAAAUAUCGUUCCAUUACUUGGAUUCUGCAUUGAUGCUGAAGAGGGUUUCUUUUUGGUUUACAAUUAUGUCUCUGGUGGAAGCCUUGAACAUUUCUUACACGAGAAGAAGAGAUCAGGGGUGAAGAGAAACCGUCCAUCACUUCCAUGGUCAGCAAGGUAUAAGAUCGCCAUUGGAAUAGCAGAAGCCAUAGGAUACUUACAUAAUGGGAAUGAAAGAUGUGUCGUUCAUAGAGAUAUUAAGCCUUCCAAUAUCCUCCUUUCAUCCAACAAAAUUCCUAAAGUUUGUGACUUCGGCUUAGCUACUUGGACAAAUGCCCCUUCCUCACCUUUCCUUUGCAAAACGGUUAAAGGCACAUUCGGUUACCUGGCUCCUGAAUACUUCCAGCAUGGGAAAGUAUCGGAUAAAACAGAUGUGUAUGCUUUUGGAGUUGUCUUAUUGGAGCUUAUAAGCGGAAGAAAGCCUAUAGAGUCGAGAAGGGGAACAGGAGAGGAGAAUUUAGUUGCGUGGGCUAAGUCAAUGUUGGAGAAAGGAUCUGCGGAGAAGCUGUAUGAUUCAAGGCUGAGAUUGACGCGAAAGAGCAUGAUCCAAGUAGCGAAGAUGGUUCAGGCAGCGGCUGUUUGCAUAAAUAGCGAAGAAUCUCAGAGGCCUUCUAUUGAUGGUGUGAUAAGAAUAUUAAGAUCAGGAGAGGAAAAUAAUAACAAGUUUAGUGAUUAUGUUGAUAACAACUGUUAUUCUCAAUCUCAUAAUCAAAGGAAUGGUGGGGGCGGAGGAAUGUCGAGUCAUUUUGCAUUGGCGAUGCUUGGCGUUUCUGAUCUUGAAGAUGACGAUAAUCUUUAUUGUCGGUGAUUAUGAUGAUGUUACAAUAAAUUCUCAAUUUUUUUUAUAGAUUUUUUCAUAAGAGAGGCUGACUGAAGAUGAUUGUGUUUGUAUAUAGAUUGGAAAACAGUCUCUGUAGAACAAGUUUAUGUUGAUAAUUUCCUUCUCCUGUCCUUGCUUUCUGAUAUAUUGAGGAAAAAAGAGAGAUUUUUCAUUAUAAAUAUAUUUGUUUGGUUUGAAAUUUUCA